CAAGUGCAAGGUGCAACGAUAAGAAGUCGGAGAGAGCUUGAAUCAGUUUCGUCUCCAUAGCAUUUCCACUACAACAAAAGAAACUAAAAGGAGUAAACAGAGAGUAACAUCUUUGUCGGCAUCAGAUUCAAUUUUAUAAACUUAUUGUUGUGUAUGAGAAAGGAUAGAGUAAAGUAAUUCCCAAUUAGCGUUACUGGAUUGGAAAUUAUUCAAUGGCCAAGAGAAACGUCAUAUCUAGGAAACUUAACUUUUUAUAUGUUUUACCAUGUUUUGCAAUAGUGUCAUGUAUUUUAACUCUCAUGCGAGCUGAUUUUGAAGAAGCCGGAGAAAAAGAUUACCUUCGUCAAAAAAGUCGUACACUUCUUGAGGCUGCAAAUGGCACUUUGAUUCAAUGCAUUCCAUCAGGAAUCGAUGCAUUUCCAAAUGAUUUCCUAUCUCAAGAGGAUCGGCAGAAGGGAGGUGUCAUCAUCCACAUCCUCAUUGCCACAUAUACUUGCGCCAUGAUUGGAAUCGUGUGCCACGACUACUUUGUGCCGUCAUUGGAAAUCAUAUCAGAAAAGAUAAAACUCCCACCAGAUAUCGCAGGUGCAACAUUUAUGGCUAUUGGAACUUCUGCACCAGAACUAUUUUCAUCAAUUACAGGAUCAUUCAUAACUGAAGGUGAUAUAGGUGUUGGUACCAUCAUUGGAUCAGCAGUUUUCAACAUUGUGGGAGUGACAGGCAUGGUCGGCAUUGUUUUGUGGAAGAAAGUAUUGGAUAUAGACUGGUAUCCCAUUGCUAGAGAUUGCAUAGCAUAUGGCGUAACAGUGUUCACCCUCAUCUGGAUCAUUGCAGAUAACAUCAUUCAUUGGUGGGAAGCUCUCGUUUUACUACUCAUUUUCGCCUUGUAUAUUAUCGUUAUUUAUUUUAAUCGAACCAUAGAAAUAUGGAGUAGAGAUCUGGUAGAGAGGUUUCAAGAAAGUAGCUGGUGCCGUUGUUGUUACAAUAGUGAAGAAAGCCCGCUCUUAAAUGGCAUUGUACCUGAAAUUAUGGAAUCUCAAAAACGAGAUAGGAGACUGGAAAGAGACAGCUUUAGCGUGGAAUUUACAGCCAGUAAAGAAGAAGAGGUCUUGAGACAAGAAACAGUCGCCAGGAAGCUUAGUGAAAUUCUUUGGAGCGGUGAGCAUACCAAAAGUGGUACCUUAUGCGUAUCACCUGCCGAAGGAGGAUGGAAGAUGUUUUGGUGGCUCGUUUUGUAUCCAGCAAGACUUAUCUUCUUUUGCACAAUUCCUGACAGCAGAAAACCCAAACUGUACAGUCUCUUUCCUCUCACAUUCUCCAUCUCCGUACUCUGGAUAGGUGUACUGUCCUAUUUAGCCGUCUGGAUGGUUACAGUUAUAGGAUAUACAUUCAAUGUGCCUGAUUCAGUGUCUGGUUUAACAAUCUUAGCAGCAGGAACAAGUAUUCCUGAAAUCAUAUCUAGUAUCAUUGUAGCACAAAAUGGUUAUGGUAAUAUGGCUAUUAGUAAUCUUGUAGGAAGCAACACUUUUGACAUAUCCUUUUGUCUUGGAGCUCCCUGGCUUAUAAAAACGUUGAUUUCAGAAAAAGGCUAUUUAUUAGUAUUCAGUUCUGCACUUACAUAUACAACUGCAACACUGCUCAUCACUUUACUAGCUUUUGUUUUAGUCUUUGUGUUUUCAGGGUGGAAAUUAAAUAGAACUGUGGGUUUGAUUUACUUCAUAAUGUAUGUUAUAUUCGUAAUAAUCGCAUGUAUGUAUGAGUUGAAUGUUUUUGGUAACAUAAAUGCUGAAACUUGCAAAUAGAAAAGGAACAGAAUUUAUUUGCGAUAAUGGACUUUUCAAUAAAAUCAUGCAUAAAAAGAUUGCAUCACGUACUGGGUUGUUUGGUAAUAUCAUUGUGACCUUGAAGGAUCAUUUGCUGUAUAUAUUCAAGAUUUCACUGCUCAAGAAAUUUUUUGUUUAUUUCCAUUAAUCAUUAAAAUAUUUUUCUAAUGAGUAUUCUUUUGUACUAAAUUUAUUUCUGUAUGAAAGUUACACACAUCAAUUCAAUGUUUUUUGCUUUGUUGUUAUAAAAAAAAUUUUAAGGGUGAAAUAGUCAUUAUUGAAAAAAGUGUUGGAUUUCAUAAAGAGGAAAUUGCCCUUCAGUGAAAAUAUUUUUCACCAAUUAAAAUUUGAAAAAAAAAUUUAAAGUUAAACACUAAUGCAUAAAUUAAUGGAAUGUUAAUAUAAAGUCAUUGUUGCACAGUUUUGCCAUUUUCCCAAAACAAAAGAAUAUUUAGUUGAGACAAUUUCAGCUAUUUCAACCUUUUGUUUUAGAUUAUCUAACAGAACAGAAAAAUGCACUCAUUACAAAUUAUAUCAUUUCCUAACAUUCUGUAGACUAUUCCUUAUGAAAUUCAAAACUAUACUCCAUUCAAAUGAAAAAUGCACAUAUAAUACAAAUGCACUUUUUUUUAUCAUCAAUGAUGCAAUUUUUAUACAAAAAUGAAAUAAUCAUUGUCAGUAUUGAUGUUUUCUAUGGAAUUGAGAACUGCAAUGUUUUCUCAUUCGUUGAAAAUAUUUUACAAUAAGUCAAAUUUAUAAAAUUUCGGAAAAUAAUACAAAUUAAUUAGAGAUAAAUAUUGAUACUAAAGCAUAUUAGAUAUUAAUGUAAAGUUUCAACAAUGUAUGUUAACCAUCCUAAUAUACUUGUACCUACUUUUGUACAUAAUUUUUAAUAACUAUUUUUGCUUUUUAUUUUAGAUUACCUAAUAGAAAGACAAUAUUUUCAGAAUUUUUAUAUCAUUUCUGUAAUGCCAAUCAUUUUCAUUUUCAAAGCAAUGUGCCAAAUAUUUUGAACUUAUCUCAGAUUUUUAGUAUUAUUAAUAAGGCAAGGUAUAACUGGAUGGCAUAAAUAGCUUGAUUCAUCCAGUAACUAAUGUUGCAGAAUCAAAGUGUAAAGAAAUACUAUUAAUAUUAUUGAAAUUUAUUUUACUGUAGAAAGCUGCUCACUCUUUUAAAUAAAAAUGUUUCAAAACAAUGCUGAA